ACAAAGUCUUCCUUUCUUCUCUCAAUCAUUUUCACCUCAAUCUUCCGUCUCCGUUUUCAGAACCUCAGUUUCUUCAUCAAUGGCGGAUACCCAGUUUGCUCCUGUGUUUCAUUCGCCGCCUCAAAGAAGGUCCAGCAGUCGCUUCUCAUCCAGGAGGUACACUCGCUUUCUCUGUAAGUGUCUGUUCUUUGUGUUCUUUCUCGUUGCAAUUCCUUUGUUUCCUUCCGAAGCUCCAGAUUUCAUCAACCAAACCAUAUUCACCAAAUUCUGGGAGCUGUUUCAUCUUCUUUUCAUUGGCAUUGCUGUGUCCUAUGGUUUGUUUGGUUGUAGAAAUGUUAAUAUGGGUUCUGAGAUUCACUCUAGAGAUCCCGAUGAUUCGCAGUCUUAUGUGUCUAGAAUGUUUCACGUUUCUUCAAUUUUUGAAGAUGGGUAUGAAAAUUCUUGUGGGUUUGAUGAGAAUAAUGUGUACAAAUCUUGGAAUUCACAGCAUUACCAGGGCGGCUCUGUGCUUGGUGAACAGAGCAAGCCUGGAUCUUUCAAUGUAGAGAAUGGGUUUGAGAACCUUGGUGGAUAUAAUGAGGAAAGUGUUGCUCAAGCAUGGAAUUCUCAGUAUUUUCAGCAUGAAUCCAUGGUUGUAGUCGCUCAACCCAAUUGUACGCUUGAUUCUGGUUCAAUUUUGAGUCAUAAACCCCUGGGUUUGCCUGUCAGGAGCCUAAAAUCAAGGGUUAGAAACCAGGAUAAACCUGAAAUUGUUAAUGGAAGUCAGUCUAGUCCCAUUGGAGAUUAUUCAUUUAAGAGUUCUGAAAAGAGUAGAAAUGAGAAAUUUGAUGAUAUGGGUCCUGUAAACUUGAGGGAGAAGUUCAGUGAAACUGCUGGUUCAUCCUCCCCAAUUCCUUGGCGUUCAAGAUCGGUUAAGACGGGAUUGAGAGAGAAAGUGAGUGGCACUACUCGACCCUCACAUUUUAGGCCUCUCUCUGUGGAUGAAACUCAAUUUGAAUUCCUUAAAUCAAAGUCCCAAAGAUCGUCGGCUUCCUCACACUCCUCCCAAUCUAGCCCAUUUCAAAAUGACUUCGCUUUAUUUCUCUGGUGAACUUGUCAACCCAAAACUUAUUUUUAUUCUCAAAACUGGUGAGAAUUACAAGAACAUUGUGCUCCUUGUAUUUAGUUAAUAAAAUUUUCGCCAUUCA